UUCAAUCGCCAAUUGGUUUUACUAGAAGAAAAGAAAUACUUUGCAGAGAAAAACUUAGAAUUCUCAGACUAUAAGUAUAUAACACAUUGAGUUUGACGUAUUUUUUAACCAUGAAGGCAUUCUAUGUUCUUCUGUUGUUAACCCUCAUCGGAAUCGUUUUUGCAAAAUCGACUGUUGAUCGAAAGAAAGUACCACCUCAUUUAAAACCUCCUAAUUCCUCUCAUGAUGGUGGCAAUGGUGGAGGCAAUGGUCCUGGCAAUGGUGCACCUGGCGGUGGACCACCAUCGUCACCAGGUGGUGAACCACCAUCGUCACCAGGCGGUGGACUACCAUCGUCAGGCGGUAUACCCCUAAUAAGAAUGCUUUUGCAACUAGUAUGUUCUGUAGGAAGAUCUCUUCUAGCAAGUAUAUCUUUAGAUGGUCUUUGUGGACCAUGAAAAAAAAAUGAAACGCAUUAUAAAGGAUAAUUUCUAUUAUCGACAUCGUAAAGGCAUUGUUAUGAAACAUUUUAUUUAUUAAAUUAUAUUAUCAUCAUUACUAUUAUACAUAUGACUGGAAUGCACUGUACCUCUUUUUAAACACGUUUAAUUUUUCG